AUGACUCCUCCUGCCGAGCUCACUCCACCGAUGGAAAACCCGCGCCGUUUCCCGACAGUCGAAGAAGACACUCCCACCGGUGAAGCCAGUCAGACACCAACGAUCAUGUCGGCCUCUGGCUCAUCUGCGGCUACCGAAGGAGUCACCACCUCUUCUAAUGCGUCCGCUGUCGAGCCACCACCUCAUGACAUUGCCGACGUCGUCCUCUCAUCGCUAUCAGAGCACACAAAGCCUCAGCCCAUGGACUCCGCUAUCAAGACCGCAGACGGCGAAAAGUCUCACCCCGGCUCUGCUAAACGCAACACUCAUCUGCCUCCACCAGUUUGCAUUCGAUCUGGACACCUGCAAUACUACACCUCUUUCCCACGUACAUCGCCAGAGCAAGUCUCCUCCAUCUUCCCAACUGAGCUUCCGCCGCGCCCUCCACGACAGCAAUCGUUCUUGAAGCGGCUGCAAGGUUCAUCUGCGCGACCUGCUCAGACUGACAAACAAGUGUCUCACGAUCACACUUAUCGGACGCCCGACAUCGAGUUGGCUGCACCUGGUGAGACACUGCGCUCUCAUGAUGUGGGUCGGUCUCGAAGCCUGAUGUUCUGGCUCUUGAUUAUGCUUGGUAUCUGUUUGAGCAGUAUUAUUGGGAUUGUCAUCCACUGGGCUGUGACCCGCGAGGAGUAG